AUGGUUGCUCCACCUAGCAUGGAAGAAGGUCAGUCCACCACUAGACCACCUCACUAUAAUGGACAAUUUUAUGGAAGGUGGAAGAUGCACAUGCAUGACUACAUCAAUGCUGAAGACACUGAGCUAUGGGAUGUGAUUCUUGACGGACCUUACAUUCCUACCAAAGAUGUAGUAGAUGGAGAACUUACCAAGGUGAUUCCCAAAACCAGAAGGAAGUACAAUGAAGCUAAGAGGAAAAAGAUAGAAAAUAACUAUAGAGCAAAAAAAUUGCUAGUGUGCAGGAUUGGUCCAGAUGAGUACAACAGAAGCUCUGCGUGCGAGACAACUAAAGAAAUAUGGGAUUGUCUCAAAACAACUCAUAAAGGAAUGACACAAGUGAAUGAGUCUAAGGUACAUAUGGUAACGACUCAAUAUGAGAACUUCUGCACGAAGGAAGGUGAAACCAUCCACGAGAUGAAUACAAGAUUCACUUCCAUAACCAACGAACUAAGAUGUCUUGGUGAGCCCAUUCACCCAAGAAAACAAGUUCGAAAGAUUCUCAGGGUGCUUCCCAAGUCAUGGGAGAGCAAAGUGAAUGUUAUCACUGAAGUAAGAGACCUGAAUACACUCACCAUGGAUGAUUUGAUCGGAAACCUUCAAACCUACGAGCUGAACAGGCAACAGAGGUCAAACGUGAAGGAAAGAAAGAAGGAGAAAUCAGUGGCCUUGAAAAUUUCUCUGAAUGAUGUGUUAGAAGAUGAGGAUGAGAUGGCCUACCUCACUAAGAGGGACUGUCAAAUCCAGAAACAGGAAGCUCAGGACUUCAAACCUCACAGAAGGGACCAAGUCCUAAAUCAUGCCAGAAGAAAGGCUCACAUCGAUCAAGUAGUGAAGAAAGCCUUUGCAGUAUGGGGAAAUGGAUCCAGUGAAUCAGAGGAAGAAGAGGAUAGUCAUGAAGAUGUCUCGAUGAUGUUCGUCAAAGAUGAUGAAAUCGUGUUCAAUUCCAUUUUCUUACUUAUGGCAAAAUCGGACGAUGAAGAGAACCAGGAUAAGAAAAGAGGAAGCAGUCAGUCUUGGUACAUGGACAGUGGAUGCUCAAGGCACAUGACUGGAUACACUCAAAACUUCCUCUUUUUGGAAGCACACCAGGGCGGUGGUUUGUCCUUUGGUGAUGGGAAAAAGGGUUUCAGUCUCGUAAUUGGCAAAAUAGGAAGUUCAGCAGAACAUUCCACAGACAAUGUUUAUUAUGUGAAUGAUAUUGACUCAAUAGAAGGGGACAGUUUCACAUGUCUAAGUGCUCAGACUGACAAUGCAAAUCUAUGGCAUAGAAAAUUGGGACAUGUGAGCUUUUCAUUGCUAAACAAGCUUGUUGCAGGGGACCUGGUCCACGGACUGCCAAGGCUGAAGUUUUCUGACAACAAAGUUUGUGAGGCCUGCGUAAAAGGGAAACAAACAAGGUUCACCUGGAAUAUGUUUUUGCGGACCAAGGAUGAGACAGCUGGACUACUGAUCACCUUCGCCAAGGCAAUUCAACUGAAGGUUAACUACAAGAUUGCAAGCAUCAGAUCAGAUCAUGGCACAGAGUUUGAAAAUACAUAA